AUGGUAGCGGCGCAAGCGACGCAGCUGGAAGGCACGCGGAAGCAGCAGCGGGCUGAGGUGGCGCAGGCAGAGGCAAUAGUAGUCCGAGCUGGCGAUUUUGGACUGUUCCUCACGGGAAUGCGCGUCGCGGUGGGCGGCUCGUCCGCCGACGUCAUGAAGAAGGUCGGAAUGGGGCUUCACCAUACCAUCGUUCCCACAAGUGCCCCUUACUCGCACCAUGGUCACAUGGCUACUCAACCUGCCCUCUUCCUCCCCCGCCCGACCACACAGGUUGAGGAGAAUGUGAGGCGCGCAGGUGGGACGGUGCUGCCCGCUUUUGACCCCGCCUGCUCCCUCGUGAUUGUCGAUGACCUCACCAUGAGGAUACAACGGCUUCCCCUCCCCACCCAUCUAUCCUCUCCUUUUGCCCAUCCACCACGCCAGGAGGACGAGCUGUGCAUGAGGGCAGAGGGCGAUGGCAAGGUGGUGGUCACUUCCCCCGCAUGCCCCGCCCAUACCACACAUGCAUGGUCCCUCGGCCCCACUCCAAUCUCUCCACCCCCUCCCCACCAGGAGGACGAGCUGUGCGUGAGGGCAGAGGGCGACGGCAAGGUGGUGGUGACUGCCAGGUGGCUCGCCCACUGCCUCCGCCACUCCCGCAUCCUGCCCCUCUCCUCGGUAUGCUAA